AUGUAUACUUUAAAGUUAGCGUGCCUAAUUCUUAUAUUUUAUGCAUUUACUCAGCUCGAUUUUCCUAGAGAAAAGAAUUUUGGGCGUUUUAAAAUUCUCAGAACUCCUUUGGCUGCGCAAAAGCAUGUCUCUUCCAAUUUUCUCGCCCUUUACACACCAAAUAUUAAUGAUAUAAAGACAUCACACCAUUUCAACCCUUUCAAAAUCAGGUUUUAUAAUAAUCUCCAUCCAUUGGAUUCCACAAUUACCCUAAAUUAA